AUGGAUAACAGCAAGCCAGUGAAGACGCCUCAAGAUCCCGGCCUGAAGCUAACCAAGAACAUGUGUGAACAAGAAUGCAAGCACGAAGACACCAUGUGCAACGUGCCAUAUCGAAGUGCUGUCGGAGGCAUCAUGUAUCUCAUGGUCGCCACACGUCCGGAUCUAGCUGCUGCAGUGGGAUCAUUAUCCCAGUUCUCGUCCGACCCAUGCCCGACUCACUGGCAAGCUUUGAAGCGUGUGCUGAGAUACCUGCAAGCAACGCCCAAUCAUGGUCUUGAGUUUACACGUGAAGAAGGAAGCCGUAUCUGCGGGUACACCGACGCAGACUGGGCCGGCGACAUUGAGUCAAGACGAAGUACAAGCGGCUAUGUGUUCAUGAUGAGCGGAGGAUGCAUCAGCUGGAAAAGCCAGAAACAACGGACGGUCGCGCUAUCUUCAACAGAAGCAGAAUACAUGGCGCUUUCGAAGCAACCAAAGAAGCAGUAUGGCUCAAAGUGCUUUUGGGGAACUUGGUGA